UAUUGACAGUGAGCUGACAGGAAGAGGGGGGAAGACAGGCGGCAAAGAGCCGCGGGUCGGAGUCGAUCCCGGGCCAACUGCGUUAAGGACUAAAGGCCUUCUAAUAUGCACCAACACAGCUGAGGUUAAGAAGCUGAACAAAGACCACAGUACGAUGGAUUGCAUUGCCUUGAAAGUUAUUAUAGAACACCGAAGUGAGAAGCUUACUCUAUCCUCAGGAAUACCCAGCACUGUGGAGGGCUUACACGAGACUGUGAAGGAUACAUUUGGAAUCAUUGACGAUUUUACCCUCCAUUACUUGGAUGAGGACUUUGGUGAUUAUUUCACACUCCAUUCUACCAACCAGAUUCAACACAAGGGGACAAUAAAAGUUGUGAUUAUUCCCUCAAUCGUGCUUACAUGUACUCCCACUGAAAACCAGACUGAUGUAAGCAAUUUGAAUAGCAGUUCAAGCUCUGCUUCUGAUACAAGGUCAGAUUACCAGAAUAGUGACACAUCAUCUUCCCAAGACACUGUAAUACUAACCCCUCGUGGAAGCCCUCAUAGAUCAUUGUGGCCAGAUGAUAUUAUUAUUCCACUUUUCUCUGUGGCAACAGAGGCAGUACUGAAGAAUGCCAAUGAAGAAUUUGGCAAAAAUGGCACUUUGCUGAAUAAUCCUCGGAUCAAGUCUGAGAUUCUGGAAAAACUAGCAGACUACAUGUACGGCUACACAGCUUACCCCACAGGCCUUCAGAUCGGUGAGGUGGCCGAGGCUUUAGUCAAAAAGCACCCAUGUCUGACUGAACCAGGGAGUCGUAAUGGCUGGAUUGGAUGGAUGUAUAGUCUCAAAUACAAAAUGGGAAAUUACAGGUCAAAGCUCAGAAGUCUUGGAUUUCCUGAUGUUACCUGCAAUUCCCUUAAAAACAAGCACCAUGAAGACAGGGCACCUGCAAAGAAUAUAAAGAAAGCGCGGAAAGGAGAAGUGAGUUUUCUCCCACAUUAUCCAGCAGGAGACAGCAGGGAACAACAAGAGCUGGACCGACAACUGCUAAUUGCCGAGUCACAGAAGAAAGACUGCACUGCCGUUAAGAACUUGAUGUGCAAAACCUUUGCACAUAGAAGACAAGAUAUCAUCAGCCUACAGAUGAGCAUCAAAGAUAUCAUGGACAGAUGGCCAGCCUUGUUUGACGUCUUGCAAGUCAGCGCAGAGUUCCAAAGGAUCACCACACGCAAUCUGGAGCCGAAAUUCAUGUCAAUGUUGGACUUGUAUUCUCCCAAACUGCUGUCCCUGUUCCAAGCAAAGAAGGGUGCUGCAGGCGAGCGUCAUCGGGCACACAUGAGUAUUCUACUACAGAGUGGGGUAUCCAUUCAGCAAAAACGAGAGGUCAUCAUUCGAUGUCUUAUUGAUCAUCUUGGAGAAGAUGCAUCUUCCUUGAUAAAGGACUUUCAGAAUGCUGCAAAUGCACCAAUUGAUGUUCAAGAGGAGUUGGCUGACGAAGUUAUGAAGAUUUACGUGCUGCGGAAUGAAGAUGUGUCAGUCAAUGAACCUACAGAUGUAGGAAUUGUGAUUGAGGGCAUCACUGUUCUUAGCAGUCUUGGAGAUCCUAGCAGAGCCUGCUGCUAUUUGUUGGGACUAACAUAUGCCUUGGAUCUGAGAUACCCCAAGAAUCUCAAAUACAGUUUUGAGUUUUUCCAAAAGGUACUGCUGGAGCUGGAUCCUGGAAACCUUUCAAACAAGGUACAGAGACUAAAGAAUUAUCUGUGUACCUAACUUGCUGACUAUUGUCCGACAAGAUGCUCUGUUAAUGCAGUAAUGUUUUAUUGGCAAGGUAUACGUGUUCCUAACCUGGUGUAAGACUUAGCUGAUGUACUGUUUUACUCUUGACACAAACAAGUCAGCUGAUGUAAUGUCUAAAAUGAACCUGGGGUGUAAUAACACAUCUGUACUGAGACGACCGUUCUCUGGUAUUUAUUUUCAUGAUAAUUGAAUGUAAAGAGUUUUAUCUCUAAACGGUUUAGCUUGUAAUGCUAGUAUAGGGGGCAUAUUAUAAGUAAAAAGAAACCACUAGUUAAUACCACUAACAAGGCUCAAAAUAGCCCCACGCUAACACAGUAGCAUAAUGAGGGUCCCUAGAUGCAAACCGAAGCAUUGAGAACUGUGUAAGUGUAGAGACAGUUUAAUAAUAAUAAUAAUAUACUUUAUAAGACAGUACCAUCACGUGUACAGGCAUAAUAUGCCCCCUAUGCUCGUGUUAUAAGCCAAACAAUUUAGAGGUAAAACUCAUUACAUUCGAUAAUCAUGAAAAUAAAUACCAGAGAACGGUUCACAAUGGUAUCAAUGUGUUAUUACACCCCAGGUUCAUUUUGCACCGGAGUUCUCCUUUAAUGUUAACAAAGAAAAGUUUGCUGAGCUGUUUUACUGUUUACACACACACGAGUCAGCUGAAGUAUUGUUUUGUUUACUCAAGAAUAUUGCAAUUACGACUAUUCUGUUGUGUAAGAAUUGUGGACAUCUUUACACAUGUAAACAUUUGACAAAUAAAUGUCUAAAAUUUCA